UUCGCCAGGAAAACCCAAUUGAAGACUGCAGAGAAGGCUUUGUGUCGUGGAGAAUUGACCGAGCGGGUGAAUAAAAACGGCAUGUAUCAGCAGACAAUAACCAAAACAUAGCCUACUCAAAAUACCUUUAUUGUUGUCUGUUUUUAAAUUAAAAUCAUACGCUCUUUUACGAUAACUGCUGCAGAAGAGAAUAUGCCUUCAUAAAAAUAGGUCUACAUUGUGUACAAUUUGUGGAGGUACGAGUUCACACGACGUGCUGUGACAGUGCCCUGCAGGAUAAGUUUCGGUAAUGGCCAACUAUGCAUUGUUCAUGGUGUCAGUUGUCACGCCCUUCGUAACCUUUUGUUGAUCAGCCUUAUGGCUUUAUGGUCGACUGCGAGGACUUUGAUUGAAGAAGCUUAUUUUUUCAGUGUGGUCUACGUGUGGAUAUGAAUAAUAUAUGUAAAACCAUAUGUAGGCCUAUUGCUUUAUCACAAAUUUGAACAAAAUAUUUGUCUAUGUGUCUGAUGCCAUACUACUUUAAAACAUAGGAUAUGGUUAUCUGGUAGUGUAAGAGGAAAUAAGUAUGUUGUUUCUUCUUUCAAUACACAUCUUGGCCUAACAUCGUUUUUUUCCUUUUGUUAGCUUUUCAAUAAUAUGUAAGAGCCAACAGACUUUGCACAUCUAUAUGGACGACGCGAUUUCUCCCGUCGUAUGUGAUUUAACGAGGGGCUCCAAUUAAUUAAUUCAAUUGUCCACCGUGGGCCUCCUCCACAGCCCCAACCCCCAGACUGCCCGGGCUGGACGGAGUGACGCUACGGUGACGACCACAGAGGAGCAGUGGCUGGCUGCGCAUGGCAACUGGAGAGCAGCCCUUCUAUUGAUCAGGUGGAUGCAGUGCAUCCCUCAAUCUUCCAGGAAAGCAAGACGCCACUUUGCCACGAAAACGUAAUUUUGUUGUUGGCUUUUUUCUAUAAACCAAACCAAGCCAGGCCUAUUCUGUCUAUUUCAAAACAGUUUUUUUUUUUUUUAGAGAGUAAAAAAAAGUGAGAGGGCUAUGGGCCUCACCCCGGUCGACACAAUGUAUAUCAGUUUCUACUCUACAAUAUAUGGGUAGCAUAGUUAUUUGUCCUUUGCAAGACAGAUCGAUCAGCAAAUCUAAAUUUCUUUAGCAUGGCUCAAAGAUCAAAGCUACUUGUCUUUGGGUCUCCUCGUGUGAAUUUAGUUAAAUAUUACUUAUACCAACUAAUCAAUGGAAUUGAGUAGCCCCAAUUGAAAGAUGAACAUGAGCGAUCAAAGGCCCGUAUCGAUCCACUGCAGCAAUCAGGCGACAUUCUGAUCACAUAAAGCUAGCCUAAUUAUAACCACCACAAUGGACCCAGAUCUCAAUUUGCCUCGAUUGCUGAUUCAAAGUAGGGCUAAUAUGGAUUAGGCCAACCGAUUUUAAAAGUGCUGCAACGAAAAACAAACCAGUUAGUUUAUAUUCCACACAAUCCAAAGUCGCAUUUGAUUUAACACAGGCCUAGAGAGGCUAGCCCCCGAUCGAGGUGGUGUGGACCUGGUAGCUUGAUGUAAUAUAAUGGUAAGCUUUGUAUUGGUCCAAGACUGCGGCCAUGUUGGAAUUCACGGUGAUAUUGAAUAUUGGAUGCUUCAUAUCAAUUCAUCGUUCAGGCAAGCUAUUUCAGGCUAUUGAUGUUGCUCCAAACAGACCAACAUUCAGGAAAGGGUUAUUUUUACUUCAAGUAGGCCAAGUCUAAAAAUCUUUAGCCCCGAGCAAUAGGCCUAUACAUUAUAGGAGAAAAAUCCUGUCACAAUUUCUGCAAGAAAAACGUCACCUGUAUAUUUAUAAUUAUGUUGUGAUAAAAUCUCAUAACGAAACAUGACAGUGCUUGCCAACAACGUCAGAUGCACGCAUUUCUGUCUCGAUUAGGGCCUAUAUUCUAGCCUAUAUGUCCGUAAUUCCGCUUCAAUCCAUAUCAAAGAACAUGAAAACGUUCAUUUAAAACAAUAGCUCCCUCACAUCAUAAUUGCAAUGAGAGCAAGUCUGCAUAAUCAGCAGAAAGGGUUUCCCCCAGCUGUGUGAGGGGUGUCUGGGCGGGCGGCUGCACGGCGAAGAGAGGGGUCCAUUCUGUGCUCCGACCACUGCAUGUUGGAGCUGCCGCGACACAUCCGAAGAGCCGAUGCAAAAAGGGACCGGAAUUACUAUUACUAUUAUCUGGUCCGUUUUCUCGUGCAAGGAGUCAUAGGCGAUUGUUUCAGAUGUGAUUUUUUUUUUGUGCAAAAUUAAUGUCACGCGCUGCAGCGGGCCUACACCCUUCCAAGGUAAGCAUGGCUCGAUUGGAAAUGCGUGGUAUUGUGCUGGGGAACGGGCUAUGUGUCUUUAUGAUUUACGAGCCUGACUCCGGCGCGCGGUUCACCCAGAGUUCAUAAAGCUGCAUGCCUCCGUAUUCAUUUUGCAUUCGUUUUCGCCUCUCUCUUACCCUCUCUCACUCUCUCCCUCUCUCUCGCUUUCUCUCCCUCUCUAUCUCUCUCGUGUACUUUGGAAACCGGAAUGGAAAUGAAUCGAAUUGCUCAUUUGAAUUUCGUAUCAUUCUGGAAUAAAAGAUGGAAAUGAAUAUUCCAUACCAGUGCAUUGGUAUCGCACUGGUGGGCUAUAGCCUAUAUGUGUACAUUUCAAUAUUUAUGGUGCUAUAUUUAAUUUAUGUUUUUCUGCCGCAAAUAUCAAUCAUUUGUUGGGUGUUUGUAGGCGUUAAUAGGCCUUUAGUUUCAUGUUAUUGUGUUGUACGCAUAAUAUAUAUUAAAUAGAGCCUACUAUAUUCACUCGUUUACGGAUGGGUAUCAGGAAAAAGUGUCUGAUUUAAUAAAAAAUGUUUGUACAUUUAGCCAAAAAACGAUCCCCCUUGAACAGAAUGCAUUAAGGAGGCGUGGAAUCGGAGGGCUUUAACACCAAACUCACUGAGCUCAUGUGACUGAAGGCGAUGCUUGCUAUUCAUGUCAACAUACUAUUGAGUUGAUAAGAUGGAUCAUGGGGUCUCCUCCCUGUUUUGGUCUUUUUUUCUAUAUAUUCUCCCAGGCCAGCGACGAAGUGGUCUUUGGAAACCCAUGUUCAGUCGGGGGGUCACUGCCCUGGUACACGUCUCAUGGAAAUGCAGAACGCUGCCUACAACAACAGCGUCCAGCUCAACCUGUGCCGGUUCCAGGAGGCUGGGGAUCGUGUCCGUGGAAGUCCACAGCCUCCACCGGGACCCAGGUACCAGACGCUGGUGCACGCUCGGGCCAACAGUCUGAGAUCAUGUGGCAACAAAUCACAUCUGCUUCAUCGAAGAGCAAAUCAGCAGAACACUAUCUCCAAAAAGAUCUUCCCCUGGAUGAAAGAGUCCAGGCCAUCAGCCCCGAAUCUCAAUAAAAUAAACGCAGACAGCUCUGAGGACGACAAACGUCUAAACUCGACCGCUGCUUCCAAGAGGGCGCGUACCGCGUACACGAGCGCGCAGCUAGUGGAGCUGGAGAAGGAGUUCCACUUCAGCCGUUACCUGUGCCGCGCGCGGCGCCUGGAGAUGGCCGGUUUGCUGCAUCUCCAAGAGAGACAAAUCAAGAUAUGGUUUCAAAACAGGAGGAUGAAGCAAAAAAGGGAUGACAAAUUCCGAGGCAUUGAAGGCCCUCCGUCCCCGGGCAGCCCUUCCACUCUGUCCACUUUAGGCUAUGUCCAUCUGGGCAGUGAAUACGAGACCGCAUCCCCCCCACUGAAGACACAACAACAGCAGCAGCGAAACCAAGCGCACACUUUGUCCACCGAGAUCCCAAACUUGUCCAAAACACAGUUAUUAGUGCAGCAUGGAUAUUCGAUUGCGGACUGUAAUUCUCUAGGUCUGCAGAAUAAUUUCACCAACGACUCCAAGUUUGAUUUACACUAUGGUGCAAUGUGCAACACGCCAAAAACAUCAAUCCCAGAUCAAGGAGUAAAUGACCCGAACGCGUCGUUUUUCUCAGAGAGUCACAAUUCGCAGCAGAGAAUCCUGCAGGCUCCCAAACUGUCCCAUCUGUAGUGGGAUAGAUGUGGAAUAAUUAGGCCUAGUCGUUACCUUGACCCAGCUUUGCUUUUUAAAUCAUUCCACGAGGCUAAUUAAUUGUGAUAAAAUCCUCAUUCAACGUCUUGAAAAAGGGGACAACAUUGAUAGCCUAGACUAAUGUUG